AAACUGUUGAGAACCUACAUUUCCUAUAUUAUACAUUCCAAAUUCUAUUUUCUCUUAUUUCUCUGCUUCACUAUGAAGCUCAACCUGUUUUUUGUUAUUUGUAUCUUUACUGUCUCAAAAACUACUGCUCAAUUCGAGAAUAUAAAACCUUGUGUGAUUUGCGAUGAUCAUUGGUUUAUUGUCCCAACCAGUUGGUUAAAUAUGUCUAAGUAUUUGCGAGGAGGUUGCAAUCGUCUCCCGAAAGCUUUAAUUUGGCCGUGUCGAGACCUCGUUGACUCAAUGAAUCUUUGGGAUCAAUACUCGACUCUUUAUCCACAUAUUGUUGAGUUUCACAAGCAGGCAUGCAAAAUGUUAUGCUGAGAAAAAUUUUGAAAAUUAAUAUAAAUUUUAUGAUGAUU